GCACUCGUGGAGGGUGGUAACUGAGAGGGCUCGGGCUUCGAGAGGGGAUGAAGGAGGAGGGGGAGGGGACUCGUCAUUCUACGUGGAGCAGCUCGACGCCGCGUAGGCCGCCGAUCGGGUGUCGUCCGUUCCGCGUCUGGGUGGUGUGCGUUCGCAAAAAGCCCGCCGCUUCAUCGUGCGUCGCACAGACCGCAAGCAGUGAGUGCGUUACGCCGACGGUGCAUCGCCGCCGUGGGACGCACGAUGGAAUAACGUCACAUCGCGUCCAGUGUCGUCUGCAAUCGACUGGAAGCCGCGCGCGCGCCGUCUGCUCUUUGUCCCACCGCGCAACUUUUUUGUCGUCUUCGUCGCUGGGGGCAAGCGCGCUCUGUGGACUGUCGCUCGGAAAGACACAAGUAUUCCACUCGCUGACCAAGUCCCUCGCAGAGUGAGACACACCCCCCAGCCGCCGCCAUGAUCUUCGGCAUCAUCUUGGGCAUCGUGCUGUUCGUCGUCAUCAGCAUCACGCUAAUCGGCCUGUACGUGGCGUUCAAGCGCUUCUGCUCGGACACCAAGGACUACGGCAUGAUCAACGCCAACUCGACCAUCAAGCACGGUCGCCUGUACCCGGUGCUCAACUACAAGGACUGCGACGACGACGGGCCCGGCGGUUCGGGCUCGACCACGCAGUGCCUGGACAACCACGACCUGGACGUGCCCGACAUCAAGGUGCCCGGAAGUCCCGACGCCGACCACCACGAAGACCUGAGCGGCAUGCCGCUGACGGCAGAGAAGGAGCCGGACUACGCGACGCCCGUGAGCCUCACCAAACCGUACGGCCCCCCUACGGCGCCGUUGCAGGACCACCACUCUUCCGAGGCCGCCGCCACGUCUUCGACCUGGAAGCCGCCGGAGGAGCACAGCGCCGUAAGCCACGUCAACGAGGGCUUUCACGGAGGUCCGUCCGAGCCUUCCAGUGGUGGUGGCGCUGGUUUCGGAGCCCAUGCUGCGGUUCGCGACUCCGACGAAGACGGGGAGGAGUGAAUCAGAGUUUCGUACGAAAUUCGCUAUAGAGGGAGCUCUGGCGCUGCGUUUCGUCCAGGUGCCAUGGGAAUAUGUGUCAGUACUUGGAUUUGUCUAAUAUUCGUGCCUGUGGCUUCGAACGUUCCUGUAACGUUAUAUUUAUUGUGCUUUAUCUCUCUUGAUUUCCAAAGCACUCGUCAUUUUGUAAACACACCAAGGCGUUAUGGCACUUCAUACACGCGUAACCAUUGCAAAUUAUUUCACUUAUAACGCAAUACGUUUUUGAAGUUGAUCGAUUUGCAAAGUGACUAAGCCGUCUCAAGCCACAGGGACGAAGAUGAGGCUUAUCUAUCUACUGCCCACCAUUCCCGUGCUGGCUAAGCCGACAUGCUUGCAGCACCCGUAGACACUAGCGCCAGAGUUUUCUCUAGUGGUUUUCGUAGGAAACUCUACGGAGUGAAUAGUUCAGAAACUCUUUUGGGAGAGUGCGGGUGUGGUGUAGUACUAGACGUCGUUAAAUUUCGCCAGAUUGUUAAACUGGCCAUUGCCAGUUCUUAUUGGCUCGCAGGGCGGCUACAGCCUCUCUGACUGGCUCAGAACGCCGCCACUUCAGGAUUUGACAAUAUGGCGGAAUUCGACAGUGCUCACAAUAACACCGCGGGGCAGCCACGCAACGUUCCACGGAAAACGUAGUUUUCACGUGAAGUUUCGUUGGCCGCAGGGUUGUUUCUUUCAUUCUAUAAUACCGACAGCUCAAAAAAAGAAAGUAAGUUUACGCAGGGGAGUAGUUUGUAGCGAUUCCUUUUCUUUGAUGCGGAUUUCUUCGUACCAUCCGUUGUAACAUCGUUGCGGUGGCUUGCGAGCCAAUGACGGAGAGAGAAGCGAAUGAAAUAAAUCGCUACAAAAGCACGGCACCACCGCAAAGUCACUGCAAAGCCGGUGUCCUGUUUGAAGCACGGAUAUGGUGACACGGUCAUUCAGUUGAUGACAAGCCUUCGCUUGUUUUCCUGUGACAUCUGUGGCCCGCAAAUGAGUAUUCCGUGGGGACAGUUUGUAGCUGGUCGCGCGCGUGUUACAGGGUCCAACUUCUCUCUCUCUCUCUCUCUCUCUCUCUCGGUCGCAUUGGAACAGUGUUGCCUGUUUGAAAAAAAACUUACUGCGGUCAUUUGGACCUCUUGUAGCAUACACAAUCUUAGCCAAGUAAGGUCAAUUGGAGAGCAGUCGUGGACGGUGCAUCAAGACUUCGCCACGACAUUCAAACUCCUGCACGAGAUAUUCAUGAGAGGCAAACACAGACACGAUGUUGUUUGCACUGAACUUCUGCAGGGGUUGUAGUGACGUGCUCAUGAUAACCGUUGAAAGGCGUCACUUGGCAGCAGGCCUCGCGUGCGCGUAUUUUAAUUCACAGUUUACUAUACCACAACACAUAACUUAUCACCACUUUCAUCUGGAGCAUGUAAAGAAGCGCGCGAUAACUUCAUCUGCUUGAAUGCCAAACUACUGCCACAGUGCCGAUGUAUUUACACUUUACAAUAGUUUAUUACGGCGUGUUAUGGCUCUAAUAUUUCCCAGCAGAAAGCUGUCGGUCAGUUCUACUUGUUUCCUACAUGACUUCGAGGUGAGUGUAGACGAAUUGAUAUCGCCGUCACGCACGAACAAUGUGAAGCUCGACAACUCCGGCAUUACAGUUACCCUCCUAGAGUUACAAUAGCACUUAACUGUAGUUAACGCGUUGUUGCACUCAUGAACUACAAUUGUUAACGGUUGCUUCACUGAUAUUUAAGCUGAAGCCUGAUGAGUUUCGGCAUAGUGUACUCACCUGCUAUAUAACUUCGCUAUCACGUUUACCAAUAAUAAUUGGGCUCGCAAAGCAGAACAGUUAGUGUUCACUUUAGAACCCCCCCGUAUUUUCUACUGGUUUGCAUCCACUUCUGGUCUGUUUGGGCCUUUGUAUCAGUCGACUUUUUUGUUCAAUAAACUGAUGUUAAAAGUUCAACACCAUAAACAACCCGAUGGAUUCUCGGCGCUCGUCCAGCUGACACAUGGAAGAGGGGCUGAUGUUCUUCCCAAGUGAGCUCCAGCUGACCCAAUGUCGGGCCAACAUUGGCCCAACGUGUGUAACGUUGGCCACGUUUUCUGUGUUGCUUAGACGCCUUGUGAGACAUGCGCCAUGUUGGUUUCACGUCGCUUAUGUAUACUGCCUUCUUUCGUUUUGAACUAUCUGAGCAAAGCAAUAAGGACUGGAAGGGUUUUUCUCUAUACAGAGUGAUUGCAUGCAGGGUCUGUUUGUAUGAUACACACUUGUCUCUUCUACGCAGAUUACGCAGACUGUACGCACCGAGCUGACAUAUGAGUACGUUACGCGACUCGCCGUGACAUUGAUGUUAUCAUAUACCUUUUUCAUGCUGUUAUCGUCCGUGUGUUUCCAGCGAGUGUUCACGAUGGCUUCACGAGGGCCUUCGGUAUGACUCUUGGGUGUUUAUCUCACCUCGAAUUGUUGCCAUUCACUCAAACGUCGAACGUUCUUUGACUGCGUCUGUUUGUGUACGGGAACACAAGUGUUACUGUGUAACUUUGAAUGAUAUAUACACAACAGGUUCUUUUACCUUAUAUGCUCUUUCAUAAUUAUUGUCAAGCUGUUCUUACCGCCAGAGUUGUUCUUUACACUGGCUGCGAUAUUCUCAUAAUUUAUUCGCGUAAGGGUGUUCACAUUGAAAGGCGUCGAUGGCAAUGGUGCUGAUCAUCAGUGCACAAUGUUACCGUUUGUUAUCAUAAAGCUUUGUCUCUCUUUGUAUUUUUGUAUCUGUGAUGGAUUUGUAGCCUUAGCGCACAUCUCAUCGCACCAAGAAUAUGUACAUAUCCAAACCUUGUUGUGUCGUUAUGCUUGUCCUCGGGAAAGACAGUGGCAUGUUUUCUGUACUCA